AUGGAUCUAACAACACUAGCAAUAGGAGACACCAAUCUCCUCUUCCCUCUCAUCCUACUCCCCUUCCUCCUCACCUUUCUCAUCUUGAAGAGCAUUAAGGCAGCACCCAAAGGACCACCACUUCCACCAGGUCCCUAUUCAUGGCCCAUCAUAGGCAACCUUUUCCAAAUGGGUAAAAGCCCCCAUGUAACACUGGCCAAGCUAGCCAAAGUUCAUGGCCCGCUCAUGUCUCUCCGGUACGGUGCACAGCUCGUCGUGGUCGGGUCCUCCCCGGAAGCCGCUGCAGAAAUCCUCAAGAUCAAUGACCGUGCACUUUCAGGACGGAUGGUGCCAAAUUCAUAUCAAAUAAAGGGCUCAAAACUUCACAACUUAAAUCUUGUAUAUAGCAAUCAGUGCGACGAUGACUGGAGGGUGGUGCGGAACCUUUACCGGACGGAGCUCUUUUCGAGCAAAGUGAUGCAGUCCCAAGUUGAAGUGAGAGAGAAGAAAGUGAUGGAGUUGGUGAAAUAUUUGGGCGGGAAAACUGGCCAAAUAGUGAAGAUAAAAGAGAUAGGAUUAGUGUGUGCUCUAAAUAUCUUGAGUAAUGCAUUUUUUUCAACUGAUUUAACAGACUUUGAGGGUAAGGGUUUGGGUGAGGGCAUGUUCCAAUACGUUAGGACAUUUGCUGAGUUGGGUGGUGUGCCACAAUUAUCAGACUUAUGA